AGGCUACUCUAGCUACCUACGAUUUUUUAAUUUCCUUCCUGAUAAACUUAACAUGCCUCUUCUCUUUGAACUCAUCUAAUGCGUGAGAACUUGACGAUGGCUGAUAGUAGAGGAGAUUCCAACUUGAUCAACAAUUUUCAGCCGUACGUAAUCCCUUUUAUGUAAAAUUGGUAAUUUCUCUUUAAUUUCGAUGUGCGAGAAGUAUCCAGAACAAUGAAUUUGUGUUGCCUCCAUUCGGAUUUUGAGGGGAAAUCACCGGUGACAUAAGGAGAAGACUUACGAGUAUCUGGGUUGUAGCUCGAGAGUAGUAAGUGGGGGAAAAUCAAUAUCGCUGUUGUCCACAUCUUCCAUCUCGAGAAAAUUAAUUGAGAAAUUGGAGAAAUAAAUCAAAGAUGAAGUAGGUCGGGAAAGCAAUCGGAGAGAUGCUAGAAGAAAUCGACGAUGGAAUGAUGUGGAAGAUAUGAGAAGGCUGAAUGAAUCAAGUCCAAAAAAAUCCCUCAAAGAAGAACAGCAGCGGGGGCGAUGCUGAAAAACGAGAGGUCAAAUUUUUUUUGCAGCCUACGUUCCCCUUUCAGCAUCCGCAGUAUUGAAGCAUCAUAAUUAUUAUUAAUCUUAUCAUGUAUACUUAGACUAAUAGCUAAAUGUUAUAUGUGUUUAUCUCCCUAAUUAUAGCUAGGUAUACUUAUCUCAACGACCCAUACAUGUAUAUGGUAUUUAGAGUCAGCCUCAUACGAGCAUCAUUUUUUUCUUAAUGGCCGUUACCGUCGCCACCCUGGUGAUCCAACUCACCGCCACCACUAAUUUCCUAAUCAAACUCACAUCCUCAAAUUUUCCUGCCUGGAAAUGCCAAGUUCACGCCGCUCUUGUCGGCCUCGGGCUUGAAGGCUAUGUUGAUGGCACUAUUCGUGCUCCUGAUCAAUUUUUGGACGAUGCCAAAUCUCAACUAAACCCCUGCUACACCAUUUGGUAUCGUCAGGACACAGUCAUUCUAAGUGCGUUGCUUGGAAGCUGCUCCGACACAAUCCAACCUCUGCUUCAAUCGGCCUCUAGUGCUUAUCAUGCAUGGGAAAAAUUAGCUGUCACAUAUGCUAGUACUUCUCGCGGACGCAUCAUUUCUCUCAAAACCACCAUGGCCAAGACCACUAAGGGUAACCGAUCCAUACUUGAAUAUUUGGCCGAAAUGACGGCAAUUGCGGAUGCCCUAGCACUCGCCCAAAAUCCUAUUUCUGAGGAAGAUCUUGUAAUCAACGUUCUCAAGGGACUUGGACCGGAAUAUGGUGAAUUACGGUCUGCUAUUCGGAUUCGUCAAACUGCACUAACCAUGGCCGAACUUCAAUCCAUUUUACUUGAAAAAGAACAAGACAUAGCAGAGGCAGCAGAGGCAAAUUCAUCUCUUAUUCCCACUGCAAAUGCAACCCAAAUGGCUGAACGUACGUUGUCCUCUCAUUUUCAUAAUGAGCGCCAUGCAUCAGGGGUCAAUCGCCGUAGUGGGCCAACACGCAGGGGCAGAGGUGGACCACCCCACUACUCCACGCGAGCGUCAUCAUCUGGUCAAACUGUUUGCCGGUUUUGUGACAAUCUUGGUCACACCGUGCAACAAUGCCGAAAGCUCCAGCGGUUUCUUAGAGAUAAUCACAUAUCAUACGCUCCGACUAAUACUAAUCCGACGGUCAAUCAUGUGGCUACUCAGUCAAUCCAACCUGACCAAUCAUGGAUGUUUGACAGUGGGGCAUCCCACCAUGUCUCUAAUGAUAUUGCCCGUCUCCCUCAGUUUACAGAAUAUGGCGGUCCAGAUGAAGUUUGCCUAGGUGAUGGAUCGGGUCACGGGGGCGCCACUUCUGCGCGGGGAGAACACUAAUGAUGUUUAUUAUGCACCAAUAUCUCAAGGACCACAAGUCAAUCUUACUCAGCGUCUAGCUCCGUCUCAAUGUCAUCACAUUCUGGGUCAUCCAUCACGUCGACACGUCGUGUUUUUGAUUAUAUCGUUAGUCAUAAUAAAAGUUUAAUUUCUUGUACCUCUUCCAGUUCAUUUCAUUGUAUGUCUUGCUCCAUUAAUAAAAGUACCAAAUUACCGUUUUCU